CUAUAGCUAAAACCCAAGCGCAAGCUACUCGGGACAGGCGAUCAGUUUCAGUACUCGAUCCAAUCCGCUCACGUCAACACAGCACGCUAAAAAUGAGGUCCGCUGUUAUUUGCUUGUUCUUCAUCGCGACUGCAGCUUGGGCUCAGGAUAUUAAGCCAGAAGUUCCGAUCUAUUUUACGCCGCCCCCUAUAAUAACGAUGACCACAGGGGGUCCCAUAAUGACCACUUUAUCGGAGGAGACAACAACCGAAUCCUCCCCGACCACAACCUUAGCAACCGAGUCCACCACAACUACAAAAACAGAAAUAUCUACCACUCCCACAACCGAGCCCAGUACUACAACUUCAACAACAGAGACCACCACAGCACUCACCACAACUACGGCAGUAGAAACCCACACAACUACAACGACAGAACCCAGUACUACAACUUUAACAACAGAGACCACCACGGCAGUCACACCAACUACUGCAGUAGAGACCCCCACAACUACAACGACAGAGCCCAACCCAGCUUCUACAACACAAGCGGAACCAAUAUAUCCAAUAUAUCCGACCUACAUACCUCCCUACGUGCGGCCCACGACUACAGGAAGACCCCCUUAUUAUCCCAUGUACCCCUGGAGCUCGAACAAUGGCAAUUCGGCAGUAAAUUGUUAUCUCAGAAAUCAGCAGAAGUACAGAAAGGAUUGUUAUGGAGAGCGCUGGAUACCGAGGACAAUUUGUUACCGCUGCUGCUACUACGACUAUAACCAAAUAGCCGGAUGCAGUGAAAUUCACCGAGGACGGUGUUCGUGGUACGACCAUGCUCGAUGGGUAUCUCCAUUAUCCAUAUCUCCAUUCUAUGUGUCUUAAAUAGCUAUAAAAGCUGCCUUAAUAUCGAAAUUAAAUAAAAACUGUACACUUCUGUUAUAAA